AUGGGUGGCUGGCAAUCUGUCUUUACUGUUGAAGAAUUAGAAGAAUAUGAGGCUUUGACCUGUUUCAAAAGUCGAGAAAUUAUCAGAUGUUACCAAAAGUGGUGUGGAAUUAUACCGAAUGACUUUCCAAAAGAUUUCAUCACCCGUCUGGAUAAGAAAAUCUUUAUCGAGAGAUUUGUCGAAAUAGCAUGCAAUCCGUUUGCCGAUAGAAUUUGUCAUGUUUUCUCAUCAUCGGAAGAUACUGAAGAUGGAAGCAUCAAUUUCGAGGAUUUCCUAAAUAUGAUGUCUGCAUUCAGCGAAAAGAUUGAUCCGGAAGCUAAGCUUGGUUAUGCUUUCAAGAUAUACGAUUUUAAUCAAGAUGGCGUUAUCGAUGAAGAAGAUAUCAUUCAAAUGAUCCACACCGUUUGUGAUGUAGAUAUUCUAGAUGAGGAAGAAGUACAACUACUAAUAGUUAAUAUUCUUAAGGAAGCUGAUCUUGAUGGUGACGGAAAAAUUACCUAUAACGAAUUCUUCAAUGCCAUGAGAAAAUCACCAGAUUUUUAUAAUAUACCGCCAGUUUCAGAAACAGAAAUUAUUGCUUAUAUAGGAGUCUCGAAGACUGAUGAAUUUAUUUUAAAUUAUUGGUCAGCUAGACAUUAA